CUAGUGGGCUGGGGGAGGGGGCGGGGAGGACGGUGGGGUACGGGCUAUGGUGAUGAUGGUCGUUUGCGCGUCCGCCGACACAAAAGACGCGCUGCUGUCGGUGAUGCUGCUGAGGGGGUUCCAUCUGACGAAGUAGAACCACAGGGUCAGAUCCCCUGGUACCUCCCGCGUCAGUCCCCCUGGUAAAGUGCCCCACUCGCAAGACACCCCGCUGGCGGAUCCGGGAUAGGACACGUCAGAGGGCAGCAGCUUCUCGGCUGACAGCAUGACGAUCGUCUUCGGGUGACCGCCGACCACCACUCCACGGUCCAUCAGCUCGUCCACCACCUUCUCCACGAUUGUGCCUAGAUUCACUCUGCGGCUGCCCGUCUCUUGGGGGUGCCCGUCAUCCCACCCCUGCUUCAACGUCAUGCGGACCGCCGUCUCGAAGUGCCCCUUCUCCUCUGGGGAUACCGAUGUGGUUGCGGAGGGGUCGCCGGCCUCACGGCCGUCGGCCAGACACACACAGAGGGGCUGCACGGAGGCACAUGCAGAGAGGCCAUGACCAAGUGUGUGCGAAUGAUUUGUGUGCUUCCUUACCCCGUGUGUGUACGGCGGACACCAGGGAGCCGAUACCCCGAACAGAGUUGUGCGCAGACGCACGCAGAAGCUUCGCUGAUGGGGCAUGUGUUGCUUGAGGCCGACAGCGACCUCCUCCCCCCACCCGCCAUCAGGCCGGGAAAGCGACCCAUGCGCCUGAUCGGCGACCUUCGACAACAUCCGUGCUGCCUCGUCAGGGAGGAUGGGAGGAAAUGUGUUGCCAAGCUGACUGCGAACCAAGUGGCGAUUGUAGUCCUCCUCACUGACGCCCGCCGCACCGACUAGAGUCCUGUGAAGUUGCUGAAUGGCGGGGUGCUGCACACAGACACAACGCAUCCACCGCCAUUCAGCCCACGGGUGGUGUUCGUGUGUGUGUGUGUGUGUGUUUGCGUACUCAUGCGUGUACGACGCACCUUGACAAGGUCUGCCACGAGUUCCAUCGGAUCAAAACCGUAAUCGCUCCUCCCUCCGCCGAGGAUGGCUCGCCCCACACCGGCUGGUGUGCUCGCAGCCGGGGAUGCACUGUUGGCAGGCAGCUGUGCGUGGUUCUCAUGUGAGUGCAUGGGGCGGUGAGGGCCGAUGGGUGACGAAAGAGAGGCGCUGGUUGCUGUGGUGCCGAGGCCUCCCUUCGCCUCCGACGAUGCAUAGGUCCUGCUCUUGGACACACGGCGAACCUCUCGCAGAUUGUCUGCUGGCGAAUCACGGCCUCCAUCUUCGGUGCUCUUAUCCUCGUACAGGGCCUUCUUGCCGCCAGCCAGGCCUUUCUGCAGGUUCUUGGCGAAGUCACUCAUGCCGCCGGGUGAGCGGGAUUAUGACCUCAUGAUAGAGAUUGGAAGUCA